AUGGGUGCUCGGAGACAUUCAAGGUCUCAAUUAUACGAACAAGCAGGAGAACUUGAUACUACCGAAAAAUCCAAAGCAAUUGAUCCAAAACGCAUCGGCAACCACCACAGCGAAGCAGUCACUUUGUUUGCCAGCCUUGGACCCGAACUUCACAUUGCCAUAUGCGAGCUAGCAGUGGCGGCUGCAACACCUGCUUUGCCGGAAUUGAUAUAUCUAUUCCCACAUCAACCAGAACACCCAGAGGAUUGUUUAGAAAGUGCAAAAUGGGCCUACCGUCAAUUAACCACAACUCCAAAUCUUUGGAUGACUCUCGAUACUACAUGUUUCUCAGGAGUUCCGAGGCGUGGCAUGAAAAACUUAUGGCUUGUUAGUUCUGGGGUCAAAUUCAAGAGAGUUUCUAUUGCUGCUCAUCCUGUCUGGCCAAAAUACCCCUUCCGCUCGAAUACCGUUAUUCAGCGAGAGCCCGUGCAAGAUCCAGCCCGAGAGAUAUGGAAGCUCAUCUUGCUUUUCGAGGAUCUCGAACACAAUCUUCCACUUUCUGUAUAUUUGGUUUUACGAAAAGUCACGGAAGGAACAUGGCCCACUCAGACCCCGAGAUGA